AUGAAUGAAGAAAAUACACUUUUGGAUCGGAUAAUUUUUAAUCCGGUUUUGUGUGAGAACUGGAAAUACUUUAUGGAAGGAGCAGCCUAUCACCUCGCUAAUUUAUUCUUCCUCCUUGGCUAUAUGGGAGGUAGUGGAAUCUUUGGUGCCAUCUAUAUUUUUGGGUUGUUGUUCAUUGGCUUUCUUUGCUCUGUUGUAUGGGGAUGGUUCAACGCUUGUGGAUUGGACAUCGUCAUUUGGAAUGUGCUUUUAUUUCUGAUCUGCUUGUUUCAGCUAGCACAUUUAAUUUACCAACUCCAUAAAGACACAUUUUCUGAAGAAUUUGAUCUCCUGUACAAACAAAUUUGCCAGCCUUUGCAAGUGCCUCUCCAAACUUAUAAAGAAAUAAUCAAGUGCUGUGAAGAACAGGUCUUGCCUUUGGCCAAAGAUCAAACCUAUGCUGUGGAGGGCAAGACAUCCAUAGAUCGUUUGUCCUUCUUGCUGUCUGGCCGGGUUAAAGUAAGUCAGGAUGGACAGUUUUUACAUUAUGUUUUCCCAUAUCAGUUCUUGGAUUCCCCAGAGUGGGAAUCAUUGCGGCCUUCUGAAGAGGGAACAUUUCAGGUAACUUUGACAGCAGAGAUUGACUCCUCUUUUAUCACUUGGCAAAGGAAGAAGCUCUAUUUGCUUCUGGCUAAGGAGCACUAUAUUGCUCGUCUCUUCUCUGUCCUCCUUGGCUAUGACAUCUCAGAAAAGAUCUAUGCCUUGAAUGAAAAGCUUUUUGCGAAGUUUGGCCUCCAGUUUGACAUCCGCUUACCCAGCCUCUAUCAUGUCUUAGGACCUGCUUCAGACACAGAGGUGGAAAAGGCAGAGUAUGAAGAGCCAGUAAUGCCUAUAGGUGGUUCACCUGCAAUUGGCCAAACAGCUCCUGUGGUUCCUUGCCCUGUGUCUCAUUCUACUCAUCCUAGGAAAUCUCGGCCUGAUAGUGACCUGUCUGGUGAGGACUCUACCAGUCUUGUAUUGGAAGAUUUUGCUGAGUUGACAGGGUCUUUUAUGGACUAUAUGAGUGAAGGGGAGUAUUUGAAAUGAGUAACAUGGGCACACAUCACCCUGGAUAACUUUGGGAAACCACCUGAGGACUAAUCAUCCUGCCCUUGCAAAAGGACGAGCCCCUCUGGCUCCAACUCAGAC